AAAUGAAUUUAUGGACUAAUUGGAGCCUAAGUGAUUCUUAGUUAUGAGGAGGAAUGAAAGCAACAAGCGCAUCCAUGGCCUACCAGAGUGCAGGAUGGAGAAGUGUCACUUUGGGGUCAUGGGGUCACAAGAGGUCAUUGGGAUGAGUGUGCUGAGCAUCACAAACAUGGCGUCUUUCGAUACUAUGAACACUCCCACUGAAAACGGUCUCUACGACAGACGUCUGGGGUCUCUGGAGCUGGACAUCAACUGCCAGACUUGUGGCCAAGGCUAUGUGCAGUGCAGUGGACACAUGGGACACAUUGAGAUGCCAGUGCCAGUCUAUAACCCGUGCUACUUCACAGAUUUGACAAAGGUGCUCAAAGCGAUCUGUAGAUGCUGCAAUCUGCUCAACAUCCCAGUAGCAAAGUGCAACUUGUUCAUAUGCCGCAUGAAGUUGGCUUUGGCAGGACAACUGGAAGCACUUGAUGAGUUGAAUCAGCGCUUGAAUUCGUUUCACGAGAAAACACAACUGGCAGACUUCAUAUUGCAUUUCAAAAAUAAUCUCAAGGUUGAGAAACUAAACGAUUUGACAGCAGCUAUAAUUGAGACCAGGAACAAUAUUCGCAAUAACUUCUGGGCCGAGAGUUUCUGCAAGUCGGUGAAGCAGUGUUGCCAUUGUUCAAACUAUCUGCCAGUUUACAGAGCCGAAAAUCAUGUUUCAAUUCACUGUACAGCCAGAAAGGGGUAUCAAAUGCCAAAAGAUAAGUUAGGGGCUUCCACUGACGAACCAUUGAACCCUAGCAUUGCGUUCCAAAUUGUGAAAGCAGCCUGGAAAAUUAACCAAGAGGUGCUAACAUUUGUGUUCGGAAGUCCGGACAGCCUUGUGAGACCUUGGGCAGAUAUGUUUUUCAUUGAGAAUCUGCCAGUUUUUCCUCCAAAACACAGACCAUAUCAAGUGACGAACGGGAUGAAAAGCGAACAUGUGCAGACUACCACGUAUGUUCAGGUGCUAAAAGCGCGUCGGACAAUUCUACUGUUUGUUAAGUUGAUAAAAGCUGAAGAAAACGAUAUUGAGAAUGCAAAAUGUCUGAAGGAUGACGAGAAAAAGUUGCUGCAAUAUUGUAAAGGUCAAGGCAUGGACGACAAGUUCCGGUUCGCGUGGCUAGAUCUGCAGCGUGGUGUGAACAACUUGGCCGACGGAACCAGAGCCAUGAAGUAUGAGAGAGUGAAGGGCGUGAAGGAGAUGAUUGAAAAGAAGCAGGGCGUGUUCCGCAUGAACAUGAUGGGCAAACGUGUCAAUUUCGGUGCUAGAAGUGUCAUCACUCCGGAUCCCAUGUUGGCAACGAACGAAGUUGGCAUCCCAUUUGAACUGGCAACCAAACUCAGUUUUCCAGAACCCAUCUCCAUGCUAAACAUGCAGAGGGUGAAGAAACUGAUCAGAAACGGACCUUCGGGCUACCCCGGUGCUAAUUUCCUGUUGGACCCAAAUGGAAGAAUGAUGUUUCUGAAUGCGAAUGACAAAAAUUCGAGGGAGAAUUUGGUUUACAGGCUGUUCAACGUGUCAAUGGACCAUGAAAAACCGUAUGUGCUGUAUCGACACGUGGAGGAUGGGGACGUAGUGGUGUUGAAUCGACAGCCGACACUGCACAAGCCCUCAAUGCAGGCUCACAUCGUCAAAGUACUCAAAAAAGAGAAAACUCUCAGGCUGCACUACUCUGCUUGUAAAGCGUAUAAUGCGGACUUCGACGGGGAUGAGAUGAAUGUGCACUUCCCUCAGAGCUUCAAUGCGAGGAGUGAGUGCUACCAACUGAUGAACUCUGCCAACUUCUACCUCACACCAAAAGAUGGAUCCCCAUUAGGUGGGUUGAUCCAGGACCACAUAGUGGGAGCAGUCCACUUGACUCUGAGGGGGAAAUUUUUCACCAAGCAGCAGUACCAGAGUCUGGUCAUGUUCGCCCUUCCCUUCUGCAUAGAUUCUAUCAAGUGUCUGCCUCCUGCGAUUGUAAAGCCGUGCCUUCUCUGGUCUGGCAAACAGAUAUUCUCAACUAUACUGCAACACUGCCUUCCAAAGGGUGCUGCCAGGCCUAACUUUGUGGGAAAAUCAAAAGUGAACAAGAAGCUCUGGUCUCAAUUGAGGGAUUUGACUCCUAUGUAUGAGCACUCCGAUUUGGAUGACUCAGUCAUUGUCGUGUCUGAUGGUGAGCUUCUGCAAGGUGUGAUUGACAAAACCUCGAUCGGAAGUGCCGAGCACUCUUUCACACAUUGUCUGUAUGAACUCUAUGGGCCUCAACCAUGCAGUAAAUUCCUCAGCGCGUGUUCGAAGCUGAUGACUAAUUACUUGCAGCAAAUGCGUGGGUUCACAUUGGGAGUGAAAGAUGUCUUGUGCACCUCAGAAGCGGAGAGGGUUAGGAAAAAGAAGAACAGAGCUUGUGUCAAAGCGGGUCCUAGUGUCACUGCCGAAGCUCUGCUCGGAGAGGUCAGUGACCCAAAAGAGGAUGAACUGAAAACUCAGCUGGAGCUGUUACACAACCAGCGAGAUGCCUUCAAAAUGUCUACCUGGGAGAAAAUGAUGUCGGGCAAGGUAGGCUCCUUGAACUCGGAGCUGACUGCAGCGUGCAUUCCUUAUGGACUGAAAUCCAAAUUUCCUCACAACAAUCUGCUGAUGAUGAUUGAGAGUGGUGCUAAAGGAAGUGCAAUCAACAUGGCUCAAAUAGCCGCUCAGAAUGGUCAAAUUGAGUUGGAGGGACGUCGCAUCCCGAUGCAGCUGAGUGGAAAGCAUCUAGCCUGUUUCAAAGCAUACGACCUGAACCCAGUGGCUGGAGGAUUUGCCACGAACCGCUUCCUGACUGGACUGAAACCCUCCCAGUACGUGUACCAUUGUAUGGCUGGAAGAGAUGGUCUAGUAGACACGGCCGUCAAAACAAGCAGAAGUGGAUAUUUGCAAAGGUGUCUCGUAAAACUGUUGGAGGGUGUGAAGGUGCAUUACGACAACACAGUUCGCAACAGUGACUCCACGAUGGUGCAGUUCCUGUUCGGAGAAGAUGGCCUGGAUCCCAUCAAGUCCAGUUAUCUCAAUAACUCGAAGACUAUGAAGACUCUGAUCAACAACAAGAAUGUCUAUGAUGACAAAGUGCGCACAUGCAGGGAAGCAGUGGAUACAACUGCAGUCAAAGCUCAUUUAAAAGAAGCAUCGCUCACUGCGACAGAUGCAAAAAAGACUAAGACCUCUCCAGUUAUCUCCCAUCUCUCGCCCGCUCGAUUUUUUGGAUCUGUGUCGGAUAAGUUCGGCACAAUGAGAGACGAAUCUAUUCCCAAUUCAGACAGCAAACAGAAGACUAAAUGCAAACAGCUUCUGAAUUAUAAGUUCAUGAACAGUUUGAUGGAGCCGGGCGAAGGUAUUGGCUUGACCACAGCCCAGUCAAUUGGGGAGCCGUCUACGCAGAUGACACUGAACACAUUCCACUUUGCGGGAAGAGGAGACGUGAACGUGACUUUGGGAAUCCCCCGAUUGCGGGAGUUGCUGCAGACUGCCUCCAAGAAUAUCAAGACACCCACCAUGACUGUUCCAGUUCUCAAAACUCCCCGAGCAGAAAAGUUGUCGGAGAAGUUGAGCAAAGACUUCCGCAAGAUCUACUUGGAAGACGUUGUGCUCUCGGUGGACUUGGAAAAGAGCUGGUCGAAAGAUCUGAGACAGAAGUACAAGGUCCAGUUCCACUUUGUCUCCAAGAAGUAUCUCAGAUAUCUGACAUUCCUCAAGUCCAGACAGGUGCUCAAAUUCAUGGAGCACACUUUUCUCACGUUUUUGGUGAAGAAGUAUGUACGUGUAGUGAAGAAUCUGGGCAGAGGGGAACCCUCGUGUGAAGCUGCAGACGAACAUGUGGAUCCCAACGGAUACGCUAUUUCGGGUGGAGGUGGGGAGGGGAGGAAUCGAACUCUGUCGGACGGCAACUCGGACUGUGAGGACAAUGUGGAAGUGGGGGGCACUGGAGCUGCCAAGACACUCUCCAAAAUAGAUGACGAACGAGAUUACGAUGACGAGAAAGAUGCGGAUGACGAAGUGUUGGAAUCUGAGAAUGAGUUGGACGAACACGAGAAGGACGAGGGAUCUGCCGACGAGUCCAAAGGCAAGGACGGCGAGAGUGCAGAAGCGGACGAACAAAAAGCAGUUCAUGUAGUUCACAGUGUGAGCAAGGAGUCACAUGACGAGAGAGUGCACUCUUUCCUGAGGGAUUCACCCGACGCCAUUGUACACUACGAGUUCGACACAAUCAAAGAGAGUCAUUGCACAGUUGUGUUUGAGUUCCCAGUCGAGGAGACCCCUCUGGACUUCGGGGUCUUUUUGAAGGAGGAGAUAUCCAAGGCUGUACUCUGUUCAAAGGCCAAAGGGGUUCUUCGAGCGGUGGUAUCAGAUGGUAAGUUCGUGACGGAAGGAGUGAACGUAGACUACAUUUCCCAGUUUUCGGAUGUGUUUGACCUGAGCAAGCUGUACACGAACAGCAUACACCACCUGCUCUGGCAUUUCGGAAUAGAGGCCGCCUAUGCUGGAAUCAUUCGGGAGCUGGAUUCUGUGUUUAGUGCUUAUGGAAUUGCAGUGGACAGAAGACAUCUGUCGCUUGUUGCCGACUAUAUGACCCAAAGUGGAAAUAUCGCAGGCUUCUCUCGAACUGAAGUGGCAAAGAAUCCUUCACAUCUGCAGCGAGCCAGUUUCGAAUCGGCUUUCAGGUUUCUGAAAGAGGCGGCUAUUUCUGGAUACCCUGAAGAUCUGACUUCACCUUCUGCGUGUAUCUCUGUCGGCAAAGUCUCCAGUAUUGGUACUGGUUCUUUCGAUUUAUUAGCCAAGAGACCCCCUAGAAGCAUAAAGAAAAGAGCAAGUCGAAUCAAGUUCGACGAUUAGUGCCUUCAAAUUGAAUUAUUGAUCUGUUUCUAAUGAACCUUGUUGAUGCUUUUCUUGAAUUGAAUUCACUGAGAAACUGUAAUUUAAUUCAGAAAAUACAGUUGGACAGUAAUUGUACCUGUAUGUUGCGCUUGAUCAUCUUUUGAUUUGAGAAUAAUUCAAUAAAGAUUAUUUUCGAAUUCGAAUAAAA